AUGGGGUCCAUGGGGACAGUGUGGGGCUGCGGGGACAGUGUGGGGGACUCGGGCACCAUUGCUGCCACCGUGAAGGGGACCCCAGGACCCUUGGGGGUGACACGGGCGGCAAGUCCCCAGCUGGGUCUGAGUCAGCCGAGGAGCAUCUGGGAGAGACACCCCGGUGCUGCUGGGACAGGGACGCUCCCAACGCUCGCUGUGGACAUGUCUACGGCCAAGAGGCGAGAGGAGGCCCUCGACUUGAUGGAGCAGGCGUGCAUGCUGUGUGGCCAGGCAGCGGCGGACCUGGUUCUCUGGGGUCAGAAAGUCGAGCAGGAAGAGCUGUGCGCCCAUCUCUUUUGCCUGAUUUUUGCCAGCAAGCUGCGUUACUGGCAGGAUGAGGAAUCAGGGCAGCGGAGAUUUAUCCCCGAGGACAUUGCCUGCAUAGUCGAGCGGGUAGUCGACAAGCAAUGCUUCAUCUGCGGGGAGAGCGGGGCCGCCAUCACCUGCUGCUGGGAGGGCUGCGACCGCAGCUUCCACCUGCCCUGUGCCAUCGCGGGGGAAUGCGUCACACAGUACUUCCUUCCGCACAGGUCCUUCUGCAGGGAGCACCGCCCGGAGCAGGAGGUGGGGGCGGCUCCAGAGAAGACCAACUGCCUCAUCUGCCUGGAGCCUGUGGAGGACGGAAAGUCCUUCCACACCUUGGUGUGCCCCGUCUGCAGAGAGGCCUGGUUCCACCGGGGCUGCAUCCAGGGCCAGGCUCAGUAUGCUGGUUCUAUUUCCUUCAAAUGCCCCCUGUGCAGAGACAAGUACAACUUUCUCCACGGCAUGCUCACCAUGGGCAUCCGCAUCCCUGUGAGAUUGCCAUCUUGGGACAACAGGCCUCUGGGUGAAGCACGAAUGGAGAGGCACAGCUGCUGCAACACCCGCCAGUGCCUUUGUCCCGGGGGCAGGGAGCAGGCAGAGGAACAGGGGCCCUGGGAACUGCUGCUGUGCAGCUCCUGCGCUGCCGAGGGCACCCACCGGCGCUGCGCCAACUUGAGCACCAGCAGGAGCACCUGGGAGUGUGGCCCGUGUGCUGGCCAGGGCACCGCCUCCAGUGACUGCUCGGAGCUCGCUGGCUCUGGCACGGGGAGCCCGUCAGGACCGGGCUCAUCCCAGGGCUCCCCAGUGCCGCAGAGCAGCAGCCCCAGCCCCGCCAGCCAGCUGCCAGCGGAGUCCUGCCCCUCUCCAGCGCUCGAGGGCAGCAGCUCCAGCCGCCGUGGGCCCGUGCGGAGGAGGGACAGCUCCCGCCUGGAACGUCGGGCCCAGAAUCCUUACAGCCGGCCCGGACGCAGACACGAGACCAGCCGUGUGCCGUCCCCACAUGCUGCCUCCAGUGACUGCUCGGAGCUCGCUGGCUCUGGCACGGGGAGCCCGUCAGGACCGGGCUCAUCCCAGGGCUCCCCAGUGCCGCAGAGCAGCAGCCCCAGCCCCGCCAGCCAGCUGCCAGCGGAGUCCUGCCCCUCUCCAGCGCUCGAGGGCAGCAGCUCCAGCCGCCGUGGGCCCGUGCGGAGGAGGGACAGCUCCCGCCUGGAACGUCGGGCCCAGAAUCCUUACAGCCGGCCCGGACGCAGACACGAGACCAGCCGUGUGCCGUCCCCACAUGCUGGUCCUGAUCCCCCUCCAAUGGCACAAUAA